AUGUUGUGGAAAGAGCAAACUGAAGCUGAGGUUAGACGUUUUUCUCAGAACCACAUUGAUUUGAUUGUUCAUCAUAAUAAUUUAUUUGAUUGGAGGCUCACGGGUGUUUAUGGUGAACCAAAUCGGGCUCUUAGAAGAAAUACUUGGAACCUUAUGCAAACUUUGAAAGAAGAAUUGGCUCUUCCUUGGUGUAUUAUUGGUGAUUUCAAUAAUGUGUUGAGUCAAGUGGAUAAACGUGGUGGAAAUCCCUAUCCAAAUUCGCUUUUUGAAGGUUUUCAACAAGCGGUUGCUGAUUGUGAUUUAAUGGAUUUGGAGUUGGUUGGUCAUCAGUUCACUUGGGAGAAGGGCAGGGAUUCAGAUAAUUUUAUUGAGGAACAAUGGGGCGGCUGCACUUCUAACAACAUUGUUGACAAGAUUGUGGCGGUUCAGGAACCUCUUGCAUCUUGGGGAAAUGAUUUGACGGGUAACUUUAAAGAGAGGAUUCAAAGCUGCAAAAGAAGAAUUGGUGCUCUCAAGAAUUGUUAUGAUAGUGCCUCAGUUUCUGAUUACCGUGUUGCAAAAAAGCAGCUUGCUGAGAUUUAUCAUCAAAAAGAAAUUUUUUGGCGUCAACGAUCUAAGCAAUUUUGGUUAAAAGAAGGGGACAGAAACACGAAGUACUUUCACGCUGCUGCUAGUUCUCGUCGCAAAAACAAUUUCAUUCAUUAG